GCGCAGUGUCAGACGUGAGGAGCCAGAUCAAGUCUCGCCCCAUUGCCAAAGAUCAGAUCUGUAUUCCAUCUCAUUCGUCCUUUGACGCUACCCCUAGUUGGAGCGGUCGGAUCCUUUGUGCUCUGCCUGGGAUCCCUUGUACUGCGUAGCCAGAGACGAGGUCUCGACGGGCUACUGAUCAGAGAUGGCAGUCGAUCGGAAGUUCACUGCAAGCUCUCGAUGCCCAGCGAUAAACCUUCAGGCGCCUUGUCGUCCUCUCCAUCGUCGCGAUCAAAGACGAGAUUGAGCGGAUCAGAUUACGAUAAGCAUUCGGGGUUCAUAGACUCCUGCUUGAAAUCCCACGCUGAAUAUCUGGCUCAGCCAACCUUAAUUAUCGCCCAAUCACUCGGUGUUAGUCCCCUGCACCUGUCAUACGGUGUCGGCGCCGUCAUCCUGGCACUGCACCUCGUUCUCCCGGCGUUCUUGCUGCCUCAUUUCUCAGCCUUAUUUACGCUGAUACCGCCUGUGCAAUCGAGUCUGCAGAGCAUCACGCUCGAGACGAAAAAGUCUGGCCGCGAUGCGAGGGACGCCGCUCAAUGGUGUAUCUAUUGGGUCAUCUACACGUUCUUCGAACUCGCUAGAGGCUCUGUCUCUGUCUAUCUUCCUGGUGUUGUUCCGUUCUUCGAGCUGAGUCGGAGCGUCUGCUUGAUCAUUUGCGGAGGACCAUGGUUUGGCAGAGCGGGACUGGUGAGUGCAUUCUUUCUCGCCGAUUUUGCAUCACCAACUGACAACUUGCAGCGUCCAGAUGCAGCCAGGAAAGAGGAUGACAAGACCCCGGAGAAGCAUAGGAGUAAGCGAUCCAAACAGAAUGGUGGCGAGUCUAGAGCUGGGUCAAAGAAGGACGAGAAGGAGAGAAGAGACACCACGUCGAAAGAUAAGGCUGGAUAGGCAGUGAUCAGGCUGCAUCUGCAGUUCAUAUGGAGCCGUGAACCAUGAGACAGAGAGACCUGCAGAUAUUUGUACCAAAGCACGUCC